GUCUGCGCGUGUUUUGAAUCGUGAAAAACGUUGCUGUGAAAUGCAGUAGUAGAAGGCGGCGUCGCUACGCACGUCGUCUGUGAAACUGACAGUUUUCACUGUAUUUUGAACGGAUUCGAACAAGAACUGCAGCGAGGGCUGGGAUUAACAAUGAGGAAAAGCGAGGUGCUUGCAGCCGAAUCUGUAUCGUGCCUGAAUAAAGCACUAUGCCACCUGAAGGACAUAUGGGAGGAGAUCGGAAUCCCGGAGGAUCAGCGACUACAGAGAACCAGUGUGGUGAAAAACCACAUCAAGAACUUGCUGGAAAUGAUGAUUAAAGAGGAGGAGUCUCUGAAGCAGAGGAUUAUAAGCAGUGUUCAGACAUGCAGGGCAGAAAUGCGUAAACUUUGUCUGGAACUUCAUCUUCCUCUGUUUGAGGAGGAGGAGGGGAUCAGCAUGGUUCAGGAGGAGAAGAACAUCCGCACACAGGUGGAUGCCCUGGUCAAGGAGAAGACACGUCGGAUGCUUCAGCUGAAGGAACUGCUAGAGCAGGACCAGGACUUGUGUGAUAUCCUGUGCUCCGUAGCGUAUGGCAUUGCUCUAGACUCUGUGCCGACAGUGGAAGAACUGGAGAACUUCAGCCAGCACAUAGCCAAUCAGAGUGCAGAGAAGGCAAAACGGUAUGCUGAGUUCAUGGACCUCAAAAGACAGAUUACUGCGUACAUGGAAGAACUGGAUCACAUUCCUGAAUCUAGUUUUGAAAAAGAUGUGGUCUGCGAGGAUGAGGACUCCUUCUGUCUUUCCAGAGAUAAUAUCACUGCACUGAAACUGCUCCUUUGUCAGCUGGAGGAGCGCAAGGUUGAAAUUGAAGCAAAAUGUGAGUCUUACAGAGAGAGGAUGCAGAGGCUGUGGGACAGACUGCAGGUCCCUCAGGAGGAGAGGAGUGUCUUCAAUGAGCACAUGGUCACAUCCAGGAAAAGAAACCUGGAUGCGUUGAAAGCAGAGGUGCAGCGCCUGGAAGAUCUGAAACUGCUCAACAUACGUAAUGUCACAGACGCCAUCCGCUCAGAGAUUGCAGUGUUUUGGGAAAAGUGCUUUUUCAGCUCUGGCCAGCAGCAGGAGUUCACACCAUAUUUUAGUGAGGACUUUACUGAAGACCUGUUGAGUCAACAUGACGCUGAGAUCCAGCGGUUAAAGCAGCAUUACGAGGCUCACAAAGAGCUUUUUGAUGGAGUUCAUCAGUGGGAAGACAGUUGGCGGCUGUACCUGGAGCUGGAGAAAAAAGCCACCGAUCCAACAAGAUUCACCAACAGAGGAGGGAAUCUAUUGAAGGAGGAGAAACAAAGGAGUGAGUUGCACAAAAGUCUACCUAAGCUGGAAAAGAAGUUAAAAGCUCAGAUCGAUGACUGGGAAAGUGAAGCGGGUCAUGAGUUUCUGGUAAACGGCCAGAAGUUUCUGCAGUAUGUGGAGCAACAGUGGGAACUGCACAGAACGGAAAAAGAGAAGGAGAAGUUUGAAAGACAUCUCAAGAAAAGCAAACAGACUGAGGAAGAUAUGCUGUAUGGGACAACAGUGCGCACACCGACCAAACGCAGAUUCUUGGGCACAAACACGCCGAAUAAAUCACGAAAGAUGAUCAAUUCAACUUCCAGUCUUUCAAGUGCCAACUCAAACAGCACCAUGCGCUCUGUAUAUGGUGGAACAGUGUGUCGCUCGCCUCUGGCCCGUCCACCUCUCUCAGCAAAUAAGUAUCCACAGCAAAGGACACCAGGAUGUGGUAAACCCCCUCACCCACGAAUGCUGUACUGCAACAAAGAAAAUGAGACCCAGCCAAAGGGGACCCCUGGGAGCGGUGCGUUGCUGACCACACCCAGUCCACAGCGUAACUUCAGCAUGGCCUCUAUUGCCAGCACGUAUUCAGAGUUUGUGAGGGACUUGGUCAACAAUGAACCUGUCCCUUCAAGCGAGACCUGUCCAAGGCCUCUGACUCCAAGGUCCAGCUCCACGUCUUGAACUCUACAACUACCCAACAUUGACGUCUCCAACCCCCAAGUAUUACAGGUCUUUGUAUGAAGUAGUUAUCUCUGACAAGACGGACAUGAUGACACUAUUACUGCUUUCCUUUUAAACUUGUAAAUGAAGGUUACAUGUGUAUUUAUAUGUGGACCAUUGGUAAAUAAUCAGUUUGUAGAUCCUACCAGCUGAUUCUUUUUCCAGGUUCAUCACUACUUUCACAAGGAAAAUAUUGUAUGUUUGUAUGUUAAGCUAACACUAUUUUUGCUCUGACUCAUCAAGUCCAAUUUGUGCAUCUUGUACUGCAUAUUUUUAAAAAUAUAAAAAUGUUGAUUUUUUAAAAUUAAUACACAAUCUGGAGUUACAGAAUGUGUUAUGAAUACACUGCACUUUAAAAAAAACAAAGAAUAAAGAAAAUGAAAAUAAAGGUAUUGCAGCACCUAGUUGAAUUUUACCUACAGCAGACUGUUCCUUCCAAACCUAUUUCUAUACAUAUGUGUAUGUGUAUAUGUUUGUGUAUAUUCUAGUACAAUUUGUUUAAACCAGUGGCUCCCAAAUAUUCUGAAUCACAAUGUAUUUAAUAUAUGGAACUGUUGAACCCAUCCACCCAUAUGUUGACACCUUCAUUGCCUAUUUUGGUUAAAGAAACUUAUUUUGUUAGAAAUACCAACAAACAGCUUUUCUCACUGAGCACAGGAAACACAAUUUCACAACCGUUCAAUUUCCCAAAUUUGGCAAAUAAAUAACAAUAACUUUGUCCCUUUUGGGACGUGUUCCUCAGUUUGGUUACUACUGGUCUAAAUGUUGAUGUUUGUUAAUAUGAUGUUUUGUUGUACAUAAAGCUUUGAAAAUAUU